AGACGAGAAACCAUGGAGCGCAACAAGACGCGUCGGAGAGACUCAGCAAGCGGACGGGAAACGUGCCAGCCUCGGAGCCUUUUCUAGACUUCUUUCGGCGUCAGCGGGCAGACUUGGGGACGUCAGUGGGUGGACGCUGACUUCUGUGCAGGCGUGCGUAAAAGUGUCUGGAGAGGUGCCGGUAGAGAAAAACAGUCUUAGAGUCACCGUCAGCUACCAAAGGAUAAAGAACGGUCGAGGAGAAGUGAUUAUAAGGAAUCUGGAGUGGAGAGAGUAUACAGUGACGCUGUGUUUUGUGUUUUCAAUCAUGUUUGAGGAAUAGACACAGGGGGGUGCGCUGCGUAAAGUCACAGAUUUGUGUCUCAUGACUGUACAAGGAGCGGCUAGUUUCCUUUAAGGAAUCUGCGAAUCUGCGAGAGUUCUGCAAAGAAACAAGCACUGGACUUAUAGUGAGAACGAGUCUGUGAAAACUCCAGAACCAUGGUGAAGUUUCAGAACUCAGACCUGUGGAUAGCCUGGAUGGUUAUCUUCUGCAUGGAGGGUUCACGGUUUGAUCUGCACACAGGAAAAGUGUGUGUCCGGGCCCUGGAAGUGACCGUGUCCCAGAGCAGCAUCCAGGUGGCUCGGGGCCAGACGGCCAUCCUGCCCUGCUCCUUUACCACCAGCGCUGCCCUCACCAACCUCAACAUAAUCUGGAUGGUGAUCCCGCUGUCCAAUGCUAACCUGCCAGAACAGGUGAUAAUUUACCAGAAUGGCCAGGUGUUCACCCUACCUAACCACCUCAAGGGUCGUGUGGGCUUUGUGGCCACCAUGCCAAGCACAAGUGCCUCCAUCUUCAUCAAUAACACCCAGUUGUCUGACACUGGGACAUACCAGUGCCUGGUGAACAACUUUCCCGACGGAGGAGGACGUAACAUCGGAGUCAUUGGGCUCACGGUGUUGGUGCCCCCCUCAGUGCCAGCAUGUCGAAUCCAGGGAACGCUGGAUGUAGGCAGCGACAUCAUGCUGUUCUGCAGUUCAGAGGAAGGCAUUCCCACGCCAUCUUACUCCUGGGAGAAGCUUGAUGCACUGCCCAAGCUACCACACAACGCCAUGCAAGACCAGAUGCAGGGCACUGUCACCUUGAGAAAUAUCAGCACAAGCACCUCAGGGUUUUACCAGUGCACUUCCAGCAAUGCCAUUGGCAAGAGCACAUGUGUGCUAAAUCUGGAGGUUGUGGCACCCCAGCCGCAGAGUGUAGGUCUGAUUGCAGGAACCAUUGCUACAGGAAUCCUUGCUGUCAUCAUCUGUUCACUACUAGUUGUGGUUACACUGUUUUACUGGAAGAACAAGAACAAAUAUGAGGAAGAGGAGAUUCCUAAUGAGAUCAGAGAAGAUGAUUUACCUCCUAAGCGGUCAUCAUCAGUAAAGGCUUUCCAUGCAGAUGCCUCUUCCUCAGAGAACGACACACUGACUUCUACAAACACGUACAACAGUCGCUACUGGCACAACCCUAAAACCAACUACGACACUAACUCCUACACACGCUACAAUGGAGACACUCGUCAGACCUUUACAGCUGCUCCUACUGCUGCUGUACAUGGACCUCAUGGAGCCCACAGUCAUGGACAACCUCAGAACGCUACACAGGUCCGUGAAACAGCGGUCACAGCUCCAGGCUCCACCCCUUUAUCCCGCCACCCACCACCCACCACGGCAACGACCACAACAACAUCUUUUGCCAAUGGCGGCCACAUGCUCUCGCCACCCAAGACUCUAGUAGUCACAACAAACUCUGCCCCAUCCCCACCCGCCAUGGUGCGCAGCAACGGCACCGUAAGCCUCAAACCAGUGGUGACAUCCGCACACGGGCACCACACGCACUCUUAUGCUGUUAGCCAAGCGACGCUGGAGCGGAUGGGGGCAGUGCCGGUCAUGGUGCCCGCCCAAAGCAGAGCAGGUUCACUUGUUUAAAAACCUGAUUUGUGACUCUGCUAACAAGACUAAAAGAGUGUUUGGUUGGAAUGUUUGAGAUGUGCUAAGAAACACUGACUGAAUAUGGGCUGAAGCAGUCCACAACCCUUUACAGUUGUGUCUUUCAGUAAGACUUUUUUUAACCACAAACUAAAAGAAAAUAAAAAAGCUUAGGUUUUACAGUGCAGAGUUUAAUUGAUGCCAAUUCUUUGAUGGACAUAACGCUAUUUUUUCAGUUCCUUUUUGUUUGUGCUAUUUUUAGGGAUUUUCUGCUGGUGAAAACAGUGGGAUUGAUUUUUUUUGUUUGUUUGUUUAUUCCCAAACCCCUGGAUGAUUUCACAAGGCUGAAGUUCAAAAUCCUGCAAAUCACAGAAUUCUGGAUCUUCUUCAGGGCUGGAUCAUUGUUAUGAUUGUGUGUUUUGUUUUGUUUUGGGUUUUGUUUUUGACCCAAACCAGACAUUGUUUUUUCUUUUAGCGUGUCAGUUUGCAUGGUCACACAGACGUAAGCUUUGAAUCCCACAGCAUAAUGCAUGUGUCCUUUAAGUUAGUCAGCUUUAUUUCGCAUUAUUUCUUCACACUUUUAAGUUUUGAUUGACAUCAACGAUAAAAGUGGCAAAAAGUGAAUGUUGAAAGAAAUUAUUUAGAGUUCCCAAAAGCAUAAAAAGUGUAAAGAAUGAAAUGGUAGUUGAAAUGGCCUUAGAAGCUUGGAGUGGAAUGGUCAGGGGUAUUUGGUGCAAUAAACUACAUAGUGUAUGUCAGUGAAUGCAAACGUAAUUAUUUUAACGCACUUUUAGAGCAAAAUAAUAUCAAGAGCUUUGUCUUAUGAAAAUAGUUUUAUUCAUUAAAUGCUUUAUAAUCAAAAAUACAUCCAAUCCUCUCUUUCAAACUCUAUGAUUUCAAGUUGAUUAACAUGCUGGGUUACCAAACAAAAAGAGACCACUCUCCUGAUCUAAACUCUGACUUGCUGCUCAAUAUAGUGCUUGCUGUCACCAUCCUUAGCUGUAGUAUCUCUGACUCACACCAUGUCAGUGCUGCUUUAAGAUGGAAAAAAGAUGUCUUAUUUCAUACAUGCUUCAUAACGAAGCAAGAGAAUUUUUUACAGUAUUUUUGUUCUCAACUAAAGCUCACAUUUAGACUUUUUUAACUGUACAUAUUAAAACAGUAGGCUAGAUUGUGAGUCAAAAACAUUUUGUUUCCUCAUACACAUUACAUCUUACUUACAUCCUAAUGUUCAAACGGUUCUGGGUUUUUUUUUGUUUUUUUUUACUUCAAGUGGAGGCUACCUUUGAUUCUGCCUCACAGUGUUAUUUCAUACAAAUGUCUAUCUAAUAAAAUGUGUUUCUACAUGAGUGGGCACAUGUAGAAUGUAUAAACAACUGACACCUUUGGCUGUGUGUCAUAGAGUUGUGUUGCUGACCUUCUGUAAUUGUAUUUGAUCAAAUCUCACGGGCAGAGUAAGAAGCUGGAGUGUCUCCAGGUCUUUCCAAAUCUGAUCAUUCUCAUUUCUUUUUGUGCACGUAAUUUACCCCGGCUGCGAGCCGUAUUUUACAAAGUAAACAACUUCAUAACUUAUUAUAUUUAUUUGGAAUUUCAAUAUUACCUUAAACUUAAUACAGUAACUGUAUUUCAUUUAAAAUGUUACUCCUUUUUAAAUGAGUAAUGGACAAAUAUUCUGAAUGGCUAUUUAAAUUGCAUUUAUGGUAUUUAAAACUAAAGAUGCCAUUUUAAUUCUACCAAAUAGUUAAAUUAUUUCUUUCUUUGAUUUCUUUGACUGGAUCAAGUUUGAACUGAGUGGGUGUGUGUUUUAUACCAAUUUGCUGUUUGCAGUUGAUCUGCAACUUGCAUUGGUCUCAUUUCCCCUCCACACAUUUUGUCUGUUUGUAAUGAUGAAAUGACUUGUAGCUAAACUUCUCUCUACAGAGUUGAGAAUAGUCAAUUACAUGCAGGUUCUGUUUAGAGCCAGACUUAACCAAACACAAGCUUUGGCACAGCUGUUCAAUCUUGUAAAACCCACAUUUCUUUUUUUAUCCUCUUCUCAGUUCAUUGUCAUGUGAGGAAGAGCUACAUAAUUUGCAUCUACUACUAUAUAUAUGUGCACCUCAAUAAAUAAAACCAUCAUCAAAAAUGUAUUUUGUUAAUUCAGUUACAUAACUGCAAGUCAUCCAUGAUGCAUCAUAAAAUUAUUCUUCUAGUUUUGAUUAAGGUGGCUUACAGAUUGUAAAAUAUCAAAUUCUAUUCCAAGAAAGUUAAAAUAUUACAUAGAACAACAAAAAAAAUUUCUCAGAAAAGUUGCUAUGGCCUAUGUGAUAAUAUGAAUGAGUUGACAGUAGUCUUACAAGGACAGUAAAUAUUGCUGUACCCAAGUACAGAAAUGGAAAGAAAUUGAAAAAUUGUUAUAGAAGAAACUGGUAAAGUUACAUGGAUAACCAGUGCCUUAAGGAUAUUGUGGAACAAACCCAAAUUAAGACUUCAGGGGAGAUUCAAAAAACCUGGACUGAACCUGAAUUCAGUGUUUUAAAAGCCACCACACACAACACACAAAUGUAUCCAGGACGUGAAGUACAUUUUAUUUGGAAAAUCAAGGUCCUAGAGUAUGUUGGAUGAGCGAACAGGCUCCGAAGUUGCUUGGCAGUCAGUGAUCUAGGGGGCUGUGUCUUCUGCUGGUAUAGUUUCAGUCUGUUUUAUGAGAUUCAAUAGCAACGCUGCCAUCUACCAGAAAACGUUUGGGGCCUCAGGAUUCCCUCUGCUGACAAUAUGUAUUAAGAAGCUGAUUAAUUUUACUCACUGCUAAAAUUACUUGUACCAACUUUAAUGAUUAGAGUAUCACUUUGCAAAUUCUAACCUAACCCUUUCAGAGAAUCUACGGAGUAUUGUAAAGAGGACGAUGAGAAAUGCCAGAACCCGACAAUGCAGAUGAGGUAAAGGCCCCUAAUAAAGCAGCCUGGGCUUCUGAAUAGCCUCAUUCUGAUUGCCUCCAUACCACGCUUCGCCAGUGCAGUUAUCAUCUGAAAUGAGUCCAGACAGAUGUUGGAACCUUACAUAUACUGUUUGUAAAUUAGUCUUAUUUUAUAUGCAAAUUUUAAGAGAAACUAAUUUUAAGAUUUUUUUUUAGCUGUAAGCCAAAUCAUUACAUUGAAUAGAAAUAACCAUUUAAUAUCACUCCAUGUGCACUGUAUGUUUCACUUUUGGGAUUUGAAUUGCUAAAAUUCAUCUACAUUUUAGUGAUUUUCCCAUUUAUUGAGAUGCACCUGUAAGUACCUUAAAUCUAAAUAUGAUCUGGGUUUUUUUUGUUUGUUUGGGUUUUUUUUCGGACAAUUUAGCCAUAUAUACAACGUGUUCUGAUUUCUUUUAUUUUUUCCAUUUCCCACACUGUUCUUGCCCUGAUCUCCCAGUGCUUACAAGCAACUCCUCUUUUAUGGGUCUUUUUUUCUUUAUAUGUCUCUGAAAGUAUGGCAGGGUAGAAAAGUUAAAUUGAGCUUAUACUAUUUGUACUCCACACUUAUUUUGUAGAAUAUGUGUGAGAAUCUGCUUUGUCUUUAUCCCAGAUUUAUUGAGCAUGUCAUCUUAUGCCUCAGCCAUAAAGAUGGACUAUCAUGUAGAAGGUGGUGUAUGGCUUGUGUAUACAAAUAAGUGUGACAUGUUGCCAACAGUAAAACCAGUUUAAAUAUGUAAAUAUGUAAAGACGUGAAAAGCAAAAAAAAAAAAAAAAAACACUAUGUUCUAACAAUGGGGACAAGAUUAUAUAGGGGAAAAAAACAAAAACAUUGGACUAGUAAAUAAAUAUUGGUUAAUACAUUUUAUCUGUCACUCGUUUGUUUACAUUUCUGUGACCGUCUGAUACAUGUUUGUAACUUGCAAAAGUAUUUAUUCUCCUUGGACUUUUUCACGCUUUGUGAUUUACAUUCAGCAUAUUUUAUUGGGGCUUUAUGAAAUAAAAAGGUGUGAAUAUUUUAAAAGCAGAUGAGAGAUACAUAUAUAGUUUUCAGAUUUAUUACCAAAUAAAAACUCUAAAAAGUGUCAGUUUUGUGUCACACAUUUUGUGUGUAGGCCAAAUAGUUCAAUUUGACUCGCCUCAUCUGUUCAGAUCGCAUCUUCAACAUUUUUUGUAGUACAUCAAUUGAAGCAAUCUAAAAACAGGACUUCUUCUGAAACAGCUCGAGGAGUAUGGAUAUUUAUGCAGCCUUAUUUGUGAAAGAAAAAAAAUAAGCUGAAAUGGUGUUGUGCACUUUAAAGACGAUUGAGAUACAGACACUGAUGUUUUAUGUCUAGUAGACAUAGUAGACAGGGUAAACUGCAUUUUUCAGUGGUGUUUUAAACAUUAUUCAGACUCAUUCAUGGAGCCUCUGAU